AACUAACCUCAAAAAUGUCUGAUGAAAUUGAUUUUACCAAAACAAUUAAAACCGAACCGUUCGAUGAUUAUCCUCAAGUGAAACAGGAAUUUGAUGAUUGUGAAAAUACAUUAGAUUUGUAUAUGGAUGAUGAUAUAUGUCUGCAGCAAUUUUUUAAAUCCGAGGUUACAAUUGACGAGGAAAUAAAACAAGAGACGAUUUAUGAGCAAGAUGACUUGACUAGUACAAACAAAACAGUUUUAGAUGAAAAUUCUUAUAUAUGUAACCAAGAGAUCAAUACAUCAAGUAAUUUAGUGGAUAGCAUGAACAAAUCAUUUGAAGAAGUUUCAAGAAAAGGUGAAACAACUGAUAACUUGAAACCCUAUAAAUGUGAAUUAUGCAGUAUAACAUUUACAGCAAAACGAAGCUUAGUCCGACAUGAAAAGAUCCAUAAUGGAGAACGGCCUCAUGAGUGCAAAAUUUGCAAUAAAAGAUUUUCACAGUCAAGUAAUUUAAGACAGCAUUUAUCAGUUCAUGCUGGAGAACGUCCUUAUGUGUGCGAAAUAUGCAAUAAAACAUUCACAGCAAAACAUAGCUUAAAACAACAUGAAAUGAUCCAUACUGGAGAACGGCCUCAUGAGUGCGAAAUAUGCAAUAAAAGAUUUGCACUGAUAAGUAAUUUAAGAAAGCAUUCAUUAGUGCAUACUGAAGAACGACCUUAUGAAUGUGAGACAUGCAAUAAAAAAUUCAAAACAAAAGAAACAUUAACUCAACAUAAAAUAGUACAUACUGGAGAACGCUGUCAUGAGUGUAAUAUAUGCAAUAAAAGAUUUUCACAGUCAAGUUAUUUAAGAAAGCAUUUAUCAGUUCAUACAGGAGAACGUCCUUAUAUUUGUGAAAUAUGUAAUGAAAAAUUCAGAUUGAAAGAAUACUUAAAACAACAUGAAAAGAUCCAUACUGGAGAACGGCCUCAUGAGUGUAAUAUAUGCAAUAAAACGUUUUCACAUUCAGGUAAUUUAAGACAGCAUUUAUCAGUGCAUACUGAAGAGCGACCGUACGCAUGUGAAAUAUGUAAUAAAACAUUCAUAGCAAAAAAUAGCCUAAAACAACAUGAAAUGAUCCAUACUGGAAAACGGCCUCAUGAGUGCGAAAUAUGCAAUAAAAGAUUUUCACAGUCAAGUUAUUUAAGAAGGCAUUCAUCAGUGCAUACUGAAAAACGAUCUUAUGAAUGCAAGACAUGCAAUAAAACAUUCAAAACAAAACCUGUAUUAAUGCAACAUGAAAGAGGACAUACUAGAGAACAAACUGUAAUUUAA